GAGUCCGCCCCUCCUGCCCUUCCUCGCCGCCGGACUGCUGGGUCUUGUCGGUCCUCCUCCUCCUUCUCCUCCUCCGCCCAGCCGUCCUGAUUGUCUCUCCCUCCUUCCCUCAGAGGAUGUCCAACUUCCAGCUCAACCUCAACCCGCUCAAGGAGCCCCUCGGCUUCAUCAAGGUCCUCGAGUGGGUUGCUUCUAUCUUUGCUUUUGCCACCUGUGGAGGUUUUAAAGGCAAAACAGAAAUUCUAGUGAAUUGUCCUCCUAAAGUUCCUGAGAAUAAAACCAUUACAGCUACUUUUGGUUAUCCAUUCAGGUUGAAUGAGGCAUCAUUUCAGGCUCCUCCAGGAAAUGUAUGUGAUGUAGGUUGGAACAAGUUUGUCCUUGUUGGAGAUUACGCUUCUUCUGCACAAUUCUAUGUUACAUUUGCAGUCUUUGUCUUCCUGUACUGCAUUGCUGCUCUUCUGCUCUAUGUUGGUUACACAAACCUCUAUCGGGAUAGUCGAAAACUUCCCAUGAUUGACUUUAUUGUUACUCUUGUUGUCACAUUCUUGUGGCUGGUGAGCACUUCAGCCUGGGCUAAAGCUCUUACAGAUAUUAAAAUAGCUACCGGUCACAGUAUUGUCAAAGAACUUGCACCCUGUCAUUCUGAAGGAUUGAUGUGUCAUUUUGGCUCUGUGACUGGUAUGGGAUCCCUAAAUGUAUCUGUGAUCUUUGGCUUUCUGAAUAUGAUACUUUGGGGAGGAAAUGCAUGGUUUGUGUACAAGGAGACCAACUUACACAGUCCAUCAAAUACUUCUGCUUCUCAUACCCAAGGAGGUAUUCCACCUCCUACUGGAAUAUAAUUUAAGGGAGAAGUACAUUGUAUAAAAUAUACGUCUAAACUACGACCUUUUGCCAACAUCUUGAGAAGCAUUAUGUGUUUCUAAUAAAAGUAAUGGCUUUAUCAAUAAAUUGGUGGGUUUAAAAUUUUGCUGCUUUUUUACACAAAGCCUGUACCUUUCCUAGAAACUUAAGAUGUAAAUGUAUUCGUACAUGUAAAUUUGAAAAUUCAGGGCCUAUUAUGAGAUGAUACACGUUUUUAAAUGAACAUUAAUUUCCUCACUAACUUGUUUGCCUUCCAGAGUGUUUACACCUUACGCUUAACAUAUCUUCACUCAGAAAAGAGUUAUAUUGUCAUAUCAUAAUAGGAAGAAAAAUCUAUUUGGAAUAUACACUACUGUCAGUUUGUACAGAUCAUAUACCUAAGACCUAUCUUU